UGGCUAUUAACUUUUUUUGGGCAUUGGAGCCUGUCAUCGGUGUGUGUGUGUGUCAGCGAUCAUAACGCAUUGGUUAAGAUCUCUGGAAACUCAGCACAAGGCUUGAGCACUGCGUUGCGCCAGCCUCCCGCUGCGCAGGAGGUCGGCCGACCACGGCCAACGUCGUCGACGCGGAAGGCCGACCGGCAGCGCUCGCCGGGCUGCGCCGACAAGUGCGCGCCGACCGUCGCAUCGCUCCCGGCGCCGGCGCACCAGUGACCGAUGGCCGGCGGCGCCGCGCCCGGCGCGUCGAAGAACGCCGCGCUGUUGUACUUCAUUAAAGCGUUUGUUGGACCCGGGUGCCUCUCGUUACCCUUGGCCUUCCAGAACGCCGGGUUGGAACUAGGGUUGGUGACUCUGUUAACCCUGGCCGUCGGCGUGACGCUGAAUCUACGCACCCUAGUCCUGUGCAAGCGCUACUAUAACACGAACGACGCGCCGCCGACGCCCGGCGGGAGGGUCCACAAAACCACAACUUAUGCUGAUGUCGCGGAACGGGCGCUGGGCAAGUACGGCCGCAUGCUCGUCGAGGUGCUGGUGCACAUCGUCCAGCUCGGCGUCUGUGCCGUGUACUUUGACUUUUUUGGCGAGAACAUGCGCGCCUUACUGCCGAGGAAGGAGCGGGAACAUAUCGGUGUUCGUUUAUUAGCUCUGUGCAUCUUUCCCGUGUAUGGCUCUUUGGCCCUCCUCAAGUCCGUGAAAGGAUUAGCUAAAUUUGCCGCAUUGGCCAACGCAUUGAUCUUCCUGGCCAUCGGCAUCGUUUUAUUCAGUGCGGCGGCGGCCAUGCGCCAGGACGCGUCUACCUCUAGACAAUAUGCCGUCGCGAAGCCCGCGACGCUACCCUUGUUUUUUGGCACGGUCGUCUACUCGUUCGAGGGCGUGUGCAACAUGUUACCGGUGGAGAACGCGCUGCGCCAUGCGGACGACGUCUGGCCCAUCCUCUACGGGGGGAUGUCGGUCGUCGUGGCGUGCUACGCGACGGUCGGCGCGUUCUGUUACGCGGCCUGGCCCGACGUCCAAUCUGGUAGUAUUACGGCGGAGAUCGCGAGCCACGACCACGCGUCGUCACUCGAGGCCGCAGGCCCUGUCGUCGCGAACGUGUGUACCGUCGUCGCCGUGAUCUUCACGUUUCCCAUUCAAUUAUUUCCGUCCAUGGAGCUGCUGGAGGCGUCCUUCUUCUUCCGGGAGCGGAAAAGACGAAGAAGGCACCUCGUGAGCACGGAGGAUGGAGUUGAAUUGCGACGUCCUUCCUACGUAAAAAAACAUUCCGACGUGCACUCCGCCGACGACGUGGGGAACCCCAUGCACGCGGCCGACGACGAGUGUGCUGGGGAUGAUGAGCUGGACGAGGUCAAGACGUCGUCUCCCGUGGUCAAGAGGCCGUCGGUGACGCCGUUGCUGGAAACGCCCGACACAUCGACGCCGGAGACGCCCACCUCCACGAAUCCCUUGACGAAGGACGAGGCGAAGUCCGACCCCGAGUUCGACAAUUUAGUUGAUGUCGAGCUCGCGAAGCGGCGCGAGCCCGCCAAUACUGAGGUGGGCGAGCCGGUGAGUCCGCGCGCGGUCCCGGAGGCGACCGCCAAAAGGAAGGUCAUGACCUGGCCUAGGGUCUUCUUCCGCCUUGGAGUUGUUUUAGGUACUUUCUUGGCUGCCGUGGCGGUGCCCGAUUUGGGCGCGCUGAUCGCGCUGUUGGGCGCGCUGACGGGUUCGAUAUUAUCGCUGAUCGCGCCUGCGUUGAUCAAUAGAAAGUGUCCGCGCGAGAAAGGUGGGUGGGAGUGCGUCGCGGACGGAAUGACGAUCCUUAUAGGUGUGAUCGGAGGAACGCUCGGCACGUACCAGGCCUUCCUGAACGUGGUCAAUGGCGGGGAUAUCUCUGAGUAA